CUUCAAAGCUUGAAAUCCACGCAAGGAAACAAUAGACAUGCAACUUAUGAUUUUCAAUUGUUGCAUUGGACUCGAGCGCGAGCGAGGCCCGGCUCCGGGCCUCCCGCGCCCAACGUUGCGGCCAGGCCCAGCCUACCCCGCCGCUACCCUUCUUCGAAGCUUCUAGGUCGCCUUGACGCACUAUUCCCAAGGCCUCCAGCCUACUUCAGCUCAAAUUCUAGAGCGCUGGCACAAACCAAACUUUGGCAUUUCGCGGCCAGACCCGCUUAAUAGCUGGCACCCUUACAUAAACGACGCACGCUGGACACAUAGCGAUAUGGCAAAGCCAAAUACGGUCAACUCGGCAGAGCAGGUGCCGGACCCAUGGACCAGUGGACGCCAGACCAGGGUUUUGUUCCACGCCCUCCCUCUUGGCGCUGUCCGGGGUCUGAUCCUGGGCGCGCAGCACAUAGCCGGCGGAGGGGCCAGCUCAUGACGGCGUCGCUGAUGACGUCGGCACGCAUGUGCGAGCCGUCAAUGUACACCAGGUCAAACACAGGCCGCGGAACCAAAGCCAGCUGAGAAGGAGGUUGUGGCGCCGGCUGCCCCUGCUGCUGAGGCAGCGGAGCACGAAGGAGCGGCGGCGUGGGUGCAGACGCGUCUGCUUUGGACGGCGAGGCCGGAGCAGCAGCCUCGGGCGUGGCGGUGUCCGCCGCACUGACGUUGGUGGCGCGCGCACGACCAGCCGCAGGGGGCGCCGGCGGCUCCAGGUGCUGCGACUGCGACUGCGCCGACGGCGACUGCGGCUGUGCCGGCGGCAGCAGCUGCAGCGCCUCCACCAGCAGCAGUGGCAGCGCCGCCACGCUGUGCAUGUGCAGGAAGCGCACGCGGCCGCGCUCGCCGCUGGCGUCCAGGUUGGCCUCGAACACCUGAUGGAGGGCGGGGGAGGGCGCGGGGCCGGGGUGUCUUGGGGGGCGUGUAUACGUGUGUGUGUGUGUGUGUGUGUGUGUGUGUGUGUGUGUGUGUGUGUGUGUGUGUGUGUGUGUGUGUGUGUGUGUGUGUGUGUGUGCGCGCGCGCGCGCGCAAGGGAUGGGUGGAUGGGUACAUCCGCGUGGAUGGCGGUGCGGUGCAGAGCGGCGUGCGGCGCGUGGGCUGCGCGGUGUGCUGCUGUAUGUGACGCAUUCCGCUACGGCGCACUCGCGAUGGCGACCCAUGUCUCUAUCCACACAUCCAUACACCAUGCCACACAACGCUGCGGCCACACGGCAGCGCACAACAGCAUCGCGCAUUUCACCGCGCAAUGCACACGCGCACACACGGCCACACGGCUACACACGCACAGUCGCACGCACCUGGCGGUUGCGUGCGAAGGGCGGGUGCACGUGCUCGAAGGGGUCCACGCACACAAGGCCGGACCCGGGCCCGGUCAGCACGUGGCGCAGCAGCCACAGCGCCGAGCAGCCCUCCCAGCUGCGGGCAGGGGGCGUGGUGGUGCGUGGUGUGUGUGUGGGAUGCGUGCUGUUUAGUAGGAGUUGGGGACCGGGAGGAAGUGCAGGCGGGGCACAGGACCGGGAGGAAGGGCAGGCGGAGCACUUCAGAUUGACAGAGCUACUUGUUGUUGUGCACCAGUGCGUACAUGGCUCCGGAGCUGGCCGCUCCAGCCAACCUCGAGCCGCUCGCUGGGGACGGGCACGCGCUUGCAUCCGUGCCUUACUUCAUUC